UAGGCACCUUGAGCUGCUCAUGCUGUGCAGGGGGCUCGUGCACAGACCCUAGUGCCUGCAGCUCCUGCCCACCAGGCCACUACCAGCCCCAAAGUGGGCAAUCAUCCUGCCUGCCCUGCCCACAGGGGUCUUACACCAGCUUCCCAAGGAGCACCAUGUGCCUUCCCUGCCCUCCUGGCCAUUUUGCUGAUGAGUCUGGGGCUGCAGCCUGCAGAGCAUGUGAGCAAGGUUAUUUUAGCUCCAAGCAAAACUCAUCUUUUUGUCUUCCUUGCCUGCCGGGAUCAUUUUGCAACACCACCAGCUGCACGGCCUGUCUGCCUUGUCCUGGGGGGCAAGAGGCUCCUCGGGAGGCGUCGGAGGACUGUGUGCCCUGCCAGCCAGGUACAUUCAAAGGUCCAAAUGACAGCAGGUGCAAGGUCUGCAGGACAGGAGAGUACCAAUUACAGCGGGGCAAGGAGAGCUGUGACCUGUGCCCAGAGAAUCAUUACUGCCCUAGCCCAGAUGUGAACCCGGUCAAGUGCCCUCCUGAUGCCUUCUGCCCCCGGGGCAGCACAGAGCCCACCUACUGCAUGGAGCUCUUCCUAUACAAGGCAGGGGACUCCUGCCAGCUGACCCCUGUGAUGAUUGUUCUCCUGGCCACCUUCUCUGCAGGUGGAAUCUUUGUUAUCUUUCUAAUAAUUCUGAGAAGGCGGCAAGACUCUGGCAGGAAAUCACUGAAGUCUCUGUUGCUGCCCCGAGGCUCAGGACGACACUCGACUUAUGGGGGCAUGGAGCACACAGAACCAGUCUAUGCUGGAUGGUAGCACAGGACAGGCCACCAGCAGGCACCUGCCUCUCCUUUGCCUGGGGCAAAACAGAUGUGUGUGUGUGCAUGGGCAAGGUGUUUAACCACAAGCAACUUAUUUCUGUAUAGGCAAAAUAAGUGCUGAGAAAUAAAACUCAGUUUUUGAGUUGUGGCUGCUUGUGCGAACCAACCCAGCUGCCUGCUCUGCCACACUGGCCUGAUGUGUUCCCCUUUCAAUUCCUGGCUUCAUUCACAAGUAAAUACUUUUCUCCUUUCCCAGGGGGAAAAAAACCCAAACAGAAGCAAACAAUUACGUCUCUCUCUCCAUUUCAAUAGUCAUCUCAACAGAGGGAGGACUGACCACUCCAGCUAUUGAAGUUCCUGUGACACAACACUCCCUUCCACCCGAGCAUGAAUUAACAUGAAUGUGCUUCUUUUUACUAAUAUGUCAUUUGUAUUUUUUUUCUCAUUAUCAAAUGGGUAUGUCAAGGGAAGGAAAAAGCUUUCC